AUGGAACCAUUCAGAAUUUCAUUCAUACUUAGGGCAGUGUACGGUACACUUCCUUCCCCUUCAAACUUACACCAAUGUGGACUGAUAGAAGAACCAAGCUGCAAGUUAUGUGGUGAAAGAGGUACUAUGGCACAUAUACUUUCAGGCUGCAAAGUUUCUCUGACACAGGGAAGGUAUCGAUGGCGGCACGAUAAGGUUCUAAAACAUCUAGCAGAGAUCUUAAAUAUGAGAGAAGAAAGAAGAGAUCAUCACAAACAGAGGCAAAGCAGAUCAGAUUCGUUAAAGAGGGAGAUACGGGACAUGCAACAAAGUCACAACAGCACUUCAUCUUGGACAAGAGCAGUGAAUGGAACAUAA